UUCUACCAGAGGGGCAUUUCUGGAAGAGGUGAUGUCCAGGAUGAGAGGGGUCAGCUGUUUUUGCCAGAGCGCUUCAUCACCCUGCUGUUUACGUCCAAUAAUCCUGUCUACUGUCCUGAAUAUGUGCUGGAGUUUGGCUUGUUCUUGUGAGGUGGAAGAACCAAACCAGGUGGUUAUGGAUAAUGUGAGCAUGUUAACACUGAUGCUCUGUUGAGAUGUCCCAGGCUUCCGCCGGCUGGCAGGGGUGCAGUUGGAGUGUUUUUGAGAGCCAAGCACCUCCUACAGCAGAUGGGGACGCUUACAUGCCAUAAGCAGAUGUUUUGCUAUCAAGUUAUAGAUCAAAACACACACAAAAGAUACCUUCUGGUAGUUUGCCCUUCUUCUCAAUGUCAAGAAGUAUGGAAAAGGUAUCAUGAAACAGUGGGGCAUGUGGGAGUGCAACAAACUUUGUUGAGUAUGUUUGAUGAUUCUACUGGCCAAAGAUGGAGGAAGAGGUAAAGGACUUUCAAGCUGGAUGUGUUACCUGCAGCCUGCAGAAGGACAGAGCAGAGAUGAAGAGACUGGUCGAGAAGAUUGUUGGAAAGCAGUUGACGCUGUGUGAGCAGCUAACCGCCAGCUAUGUCAAGCACAGAAAUGCCAAACAGCUAAUUCAGAGCAGCAAAUGACAAGCAGUAAUUGCCGUCUGGAGGCCAUGUGGAGUUGAAAGGGCUGAGCAGGGAAGCACUGAGCAACAGAGCAGGCCAUGAGACACUGGGCAUUGAACACCAAAAACGGAUAGAGUGCAGUGGCUGCUUGGAGGCUGGUUCGGGCAGAGAAUGAACGUUGACAUUGCUGCUCGACAUUUACACCUAGGCCCUGGAAUCCCUGGCAGUGCUCGUUUCCGAGCAAACUGUAAGUAUUGUUUCAAAGUAUUACAAGUAUUGUUUUGUUUUAUUAUGGGUAGAUAUUGGAUACCCUGCUAGUCCUAGCGUUACAGUGGCUUCCAUUGGGUGGGAAAAUAAAUGCUAUCAUUUUAGAAGUAUUGACUGGCAUCGCCCGCUGUUGGCCAGAUACUGCUCCUGUCCUGUGUUUCUUUUAAUCAGUAGUUGGGACGCAAUGCUGCAGAGCUGCUGGGAGGACUGCUGCAGAAUUGAGGGGCUGAGCCAGGUCAUGUUGGUGUGCACCAGUGACUCUGCACACACAGAAGUUAUAUUAACUGACUCCAGAUCACAGCAGGAGACAGAAGGUGUGACACAGAUAGCAGCAGAUCUAGGCAGCAUCUGAUGUACGGCAACAUGUUCAAAAUCUUGAAACGCACUGAGGUGAAAUCGGACAAGUCGAUUGCUGUUGCAGCGGUCGGACGACAUCUUCAUUUGGGCAUGACGUACGACUGCCGCAACGAUUCCUUCGUUCCAGGAGUCUACCUGUGGGACAUGGAAAGCAUAGAGAAGAACAAGGUUGUGACUGAGAGGCCGCAAACCUUUGUCAACAUAUCUCUGUCUGACUCGCUGGAAGAAAAAGCGAAACUGUUGGAAAUAAGUUCCUCUCUUAGUGCGAGCAUAUACGCAGGAUUAGUAAAGAUUGGAGGUUCGUCCACCUACCUGAACGACAGAUCGUCUUCCACGCAGGAGUGCAGAGCGACUAUCCAGUACAGCGUGAUGACCAGGACUGAGCACCUUAACUUGAGCCAAAUGGGAAAGAAAAAGGCCAUCCACAAAUUAAGUGCCACCCACGUGAUUACCGGAGUGGAAUACGGCGCAGAAGCGCUGAUGGUGUUCAGCGAAACGGCAACAACCCACACCGAGAAGAAAAGCAUUACGACAAACCUAAAUACCAUGCUGAGUAAGAUGAGCCUGUUUGAAGUCAGUGCUGAAGGAAAGAUUCAGAUGUCAAAGGAAGAGAAAAAGAAAGUACAGAACUUUUCUUGCACCUUCUACGGCGAUUUCGAUUUGGAGGAGAACCCAACCAACUUUGAGCAGGCAGUAAAAGUCUACAGAGACCUCCCCAAACUACUCGGGUCCAACAGGGAGAAGGUGGUGCCCAAGAAAUUCUGGCUCGUCCCGCUUUCAGAAGUUAUGUCUUCGGCACCAAAGCUGAAGCACGAGGUCAGCGAAAUCAACUGCAUUAAAUUACGGAAUAUAAUGGAGGAGCUGAGCACCGCGCAAAUGAGAGCGAACGACAUCUCUAAAGAAAGCAACUCUAUUCAGGCCACUGACAUCACUAAGAAGAUGAAAGCUUUUGGAGCAAACAUUGAGAAAUAUAUGCUUGUGUGGAAAGACAACCUCUUCCAUCUCCUUCCUGAAAUAAGGAAAGGAGCAGAGAAGGAAGAAAAGCUGGAGAAGAUGUUCAGUCUUCAUGAGGAGUCACCCUUUGGGCCUGGUAAAAUGGAUGCCUGGCUGAAAGAGAGGGAGACUGAACUCAGCAUCAUCAAAUCGUACAUAAACGACAUUCAAGUACCAGAUAUUCAGAUCAUAGCUCCUGAAGACAUCGACAAAGUGCUGUUCGAUCCUAGCAAUAAGAGCGUGUGGGCGUUUGUGUUUACCUCCCUUGGACAAGAUGACCCUUACCUGGAGUGCCUCAGUGCUUGCCUGCUCUCGGACACGUUCACUAAAAUGGACUCUAAAAUGGAUCCACAACCGUCUGUCAAGGAAAAAACUCCUUGGUACAAAUCUCCUGAAGUCUCAAAGGUCAUGAGGGAGUCUCUGAAACUCUUUUGCAAAGGUGCUACUAAUCGCCAUCUGUCCAUCAUCAGCUACAUCGACUACCCAUACAAUGCAGGUGCCGCUGUAAGACUCUAUACAAACUGUCAUCUGGACUACGUAAACUACCACAACAAACAUGAGCCGGAGGUUGUGGAGGUCGACUCAAGCAGCAUAACCCUCAGACGCUCAGCCAAGACAGCUACUCAACCGAUUACAUACAAGAAAGCAGGUGAUGAGGACAAGGCACUGGAGCAGAUGUUGACCUGGCCAAACACAGAAGAAACCCUGGUGAUCUCAGACCUGCUGCCCAGCACCAAGUAUGAGUUCCAGAUUGGCAAGCAAAACUCUAAGCUCAUAAUCGAGACCCUAUGAAAUGUCAGACUCACCAAGACAACUACACAAAAUGCAGUUCAAUAAAAUCUUCACAGAGUGCAAAGACCUGCACUCAGGAACU